UGUCUCAACUCAAAUCAGCCUCCUUCUCCUUCUCCUUCUCUCUAUCUCUAGGUUUUGACUUUCACCAAACUCCUCGAUCUGCUCUCUUCUCUCCCAUAUAUUCUGACUCGGAGCUCUUCAUUGAAUUUGUGGCGACGAUUCCGGGGGGCCGAGGAACGAUUGUUCGUUAAGGUUCAUUGAGCAGGGAACAUGUUGGGGAUUGCUAGGCAAAGAAUCGCCGGUGCUUCGUGCUUGCAGAGGAUUCGGAUUCAGUCGCUCUAUGCGUCGAAGAAUUUCUCGUCCACGUCAAAAGAGAUGACAGUGCGAGAUGCUUUGAAUUCUGCCCUUGAUGAAGAAAUGUCGGCAGAUCCUAAAGUCUUUUUGAUGGGUGAAGAGGUUGGUGAAUAUCAGGGUGCAUACAAGAUUUCGAAAGGGCUCUUGGAGAAGUAUGGUCCUGAGAGGGUUAUUGAUACUCCAAUUACAGAGGCUGGCUUUACGGGGAUCGGAGUUGGUGCAGCUUAUUAUGGUCUGAAGCCUGUUGUAGAAUUUAUGACAUUCAAUUUCUCCAUGCAGGCAAUUGACCACAUCAUUAAUUCUGCUGCAAAGUCAAACUACAUGUCUGCUGGUCGGAUAUCUGUUCCUAUUGUUUUUAGAGGACCAAAUGGUGCUGCUGCUGGAGUUGGUGCCCAACAUUCCCAGUGUUAUGCAGCAUGGUAUGGAUCCUGCCCAGGAUUAAAGGUGCUGGCUCCAUACUCUUCAGAAGAUGCCCGUGGCCUGCUAAAGGCUGCUAUAAGAGACCCAGACCCAGUUGUUUUCCUUGAAAAUGAGUUGCUAUAUGGCGACUCGUUCCCUGUUUCAGAAGAAGUUCUUGAUUCUAGUUUCUGUCUUCCAAUAGGGAAAGCUAAGAUAGAACGUGAAGGAAAAGAUGUGACAAUUACUGCUUUCUCUAAAAUGGUCGGCUAUGCUCUCAAGGCAGCUGAAAUUCUUGCGAAGGAGGGAAUUAGUGCUGAGGUUAUAAAUCUGCGUUCUAUUCGUCCACUCGAUAAAUCCACUAUUAAUACUUCAAUCAGGAAAACCAACCGACUUGUAACUGUUGAAGAAGGAUUCCCUCAACAUGGAGUUGGUGCUGAGAUCUGUGCGUCUGUUGUUGAGGAGAGUUUUGGGUAUCUUGAUGCACCUGUAGAGAGGAUUGCAGGAGCAGAUGUUCCCAUGCCUUAUGCUGCAAAUCUUGAGAGGAUGGCUGUCCCACAGGUUGAGGAUAUCGUACGUGCAGCGAAGAGAACUUGCUACCGAUCGGUUCCGAUGGCUGCCGCUGCUUAGUGUUUUGCGUCAAUUUCUUGGUGGUUCAGCUCAUUCUUUAUGCGCUUUUUUAUUUUUUGUUGCCCACAAAAGGAAGAUUCUCGGAGUUCAUGGGAUGGGAAUUCCAUAAAAGAAAAAUAAAUGUUUACCUAGUAAAUUGUAACAUUUGGUGGCCGCCACUUUGUAAGCACAGAGACGUCAUUUAUUUUGCUAUGGAUACAAGAAGCGAAAGAUAUGUAGUUGAUCGGAUUUCCAUACCCAUUUUAAGGAUUUAA